CUUCUUCUUUUCUUCCCCACGUCCUCCUCUCAUCGCCUACAUUAUUUUAGAACAACCUCCCACUAUUAACGCUAGGCACUUCUAUUUCCUCAAUUCGUCUGAGCGGUUAAUAGAUACAGAUUCCGUAACGAUCAAAUUAUUUCCUCCCUCCCUCGUCAUGCGCCGGGUCAAAAUCUUCUCUGGCACGAGCCAUCCCGGUCUAACAGAGGCCAUUUGCGAGCGUCUCGGGACAACACUGGGGAAGUGUGAUCUCAAGAAGUUCUCCAAUGGUGAGACAAGUGUCGAUAUUGGUUGCUCAAUUCGAGACCAGGAUGUCUUCAUUGUUCAGAGCGGGAGUGCAAAGGCCAAUGAUAGCAUUAUGGAAUUGUUGAUUCUUAUAUCUGCUUGCAAAGGCGGAUCGGCUAAUAAAAUAACGGCUGUGAUGCCUUAUUUCCCCUAUUCUAAACAAUCUAAGAAGAAAUCUCAUCGAGGAGCUAUCACUGCUAGAAUGCUAGCGAAUUUGCUUACGGUUGCCGGGGUCGAUCAUGUCAUCACUGUGGAUCUCCAUGCUUCCCAAAUGCAAGGCUUUUUCACGAAGCCUGUGGAUAACCUAUAUGCGGAGCCGCUUCUUGCGAGGUGGAUUAGACAUACCGUUCCUAAUUGGCGUGAUUCGGUUGUUGUAUCGAAGAAUCCGGGCGGGACUAAGAGAGUGACUCAGUUAGCAGAUGUCUUGAAGUUAAAUUUUGCCCUGAUCACGACGGAUCGAAGGCGCAAAGAGGAUGCUGACCAGAUUCCGGGAAACGAAAAGAUGAUAACACUUGUCGGUGAGGUCCGCAGAAAAACAGUUCUCAUUGUGGAUGAUAUGAUUGAUCGUGCUGGAUCGUGGAUCUCUGCGGCAGAGCAUGUUAAACUGAGGGGUGGUGCUAAGAAGGUUAUUUGCAUCGCGACGCAUGGUGUAUUCGGUGGAAAUUGCCUUAAGGAAAUGGAGGACUGCAGUUGUAUCGAUCAAAUAGUCGUCACUAAUAGUUUUCCCAUUCCGGAGGACAAGAGGAAAGGGGUUAAAAAGCUUGUCACUAUUGAUCUGAGCCAGCUUCUUAGUGAAGCGAUCCGCAGAAAUCACCAUGGUAAGUUUAUCCCCCAUUACUUGGUAGAGUGAGAGUCAUUAACUAACGUGCCACUUUCAGGGGAGAGUAUCUCUGCUCUGUUUCAGCAUUAUUCAGAUUAAUUUUUCGUUUUGCUUAAACAUUUUCUCUUGUUGGUGUAUCCAAGGAUGCGGGUUUUAGGUGGGAGUUUUCAUGGCGUGAUUUCUUUCCGUUUUUCAUUGACCCCAAUUAUUGGCUAUCCGAAUCUCAAAAAGCACAAGUCGUGGGGGGACUGUUUUCAUUCCUGAAUAUAAUCUUUAAGCGUGGUGUUUGGAUAACGGGGUCUAUACUUUUUUCUUUUCCUUUCGUUUGGGCUGGGGUUGGUGGGUUUAUCUUGUUUGGGAUCUGCAAUGUCAAGGUCCGUAGCUUCCACCCCCGAGACGGUGUGCUCCUUCUAGGCCACGAUAUAGACUACAUCAGAUUCUUGUCAAUUAAUAGAAACAAGGGAAGUUCUGUUCAGGCAGUCCUGCUAUGAAGUGGCUGUUUAA